AGCAAAUUGCUGAAAUGUGCCAUUCUGCGACAUGACUCUUUCUCAUUGAAAAAAAAAAAAAACGGACAGUGGCAGUGGCAUUAAGGUCGUCCCUGUUUCAUCUUCAUGCUCAUAAGUCUUCUGCUUGCAAUGCAGGGAGCAAGCAUGCAUGCUGCUCUGAGACUUAUCAGGAGAAUGCUAACUCAAAGGAUAACUCUAGCAGCCUUUGUGCUCUUCAUCCCAACAGCUCAAUGCUCAGGACCAACAAAUGGUACAGUAUACAAUCAACAGUUUUAAAAUGACUAUCUGUAUAUGUUUGUAUGGGCUUCGUUCAAGGUGUGUGGUGGAUGUUUGUGGCCUGUCAGUAUGUGUUUGUGCUCAUGUAAGAACCAGCUAUCUUCAUGCAUUUGUUGCAGUUUGACUACAAGACUGUUAUCAGAGAUGACUUUAAUCUACAGGUGAUAUGUUAUUGGAACCAGUGUUGACAUGACUGCAGCACAAAGGAUGCACUGAGUGCUUUUGUAUGAUAGUACAGCAAACAGAGGAGCAUGUUUUGAAAGAAGGAAGCACAGAUUAGGACAAUAAGCAAGUCCUUGUUUACUUUGCCCAAGACUAUCUGACAGCUUUUAGACAGUAGACUUGAUAAAAUCCACAAAACCCCAGAACAUUUUUUUUUUAAAUCAAGAUUUCCUUUGCCAUUUGAAAUACAUACAAAAUUUGUAUAUGAAUAUAUAUUUUUUACAUUUAUAUAGCUUGUUUAUAAGAAAAAAAAUAUGUUUUGCAACAUACCCUGAUUAUUUUUCUCCCUUCUCUCUCCAGAUUCUCCAUUCACCCUCGUAAACCGAGCGACUCGUCUUUGUUUCCCGAGAAGAGCAACUCGCUGUCCGGAAGUGCGCUGGACAACCAACAAUCGGCUUUUAGUUGUCGAGAGCAAAAAGUGCAUUGGAGUGCAGGGUAAAAGUGUGGGGAGUGAAGUAACCCAGUACGAUUGUGACGAGAAGAGUGACCUCCAAAAGUGGGAAUGCAGGAACGAAACACUGCUUGCCCUCAAGGGCACAAACCUGUACCUAACCGUCGAUGAACAUGAAUCCAUCGGUCUCACCAGAACUGUUGGACCAAAUAGUCACUUCACAAUCACGAUGACAUCCAGCGGUGCUUGCUCAAGGACAUACAGAGGUACAGUAUGAAAACAGUGACUUGGAGUGUGUAGCUUUAGGAAACAGACACAAUAAAUGAGCACAUCAUCUGUUGAUUAGAUGCUGUUACUGCUGCUGAUAACUAACAACAUCAUUGUGGUUCAUUUUUGUACCUGUUUCUUAUAAGCACUAAAUGAUAACGCCUAAUAGGCAAAAUCAAUCAUUCCUUCCUGGAUAUUACACUUAAACUAAAAAAGGUUUAAUCUGCUCAUUCUCUUUUUUCCUGUCAGAACUUUAUACCCUUGAGGGGAAUGCAUUUGGCAAGAUCUGCAUGUUUCCCUUCCUGUACAAAGACCGCUGGUUUAGAGACUGCACUACGUACGAUUCCUCAUCGAAGCGGGCUUGGUGUGCUAUUGGAACUAGAUAUGAGAAUGAACAGUGGGGAUACUGCCCGACUACUUGUAAGUUCUGCACUAGCGAUCUGAUUGUUAUGACAAUAAAUCAGAUGCAUGUUGAGCUAGGAGCAACACUUCUACACUUAAAUGUUCAAUCAACUGAAUCUUUUUCUUUUCCUUUUUUUGACAUUUUUGUCGAAAUACAGCCACGGAUAACUGGUCUAAAAACCUCAUAACAGGAGCAUAUUACCAGCUCAACACCCAGUCAGUUCUGACCCAGUCCCAGGCUGAAGCCAGCUGCAAACAGCAGGGGGCCGUCUUGCUCAGUGUGGUGGAUCCCAACGAGCAGGCUUUCGUUGCAGGUAAGCUGCCACCUAGUGGGUGUUUGUUGGUACUGAAACAGACAAAAAAGACAAGUUCAUUUACUAAGUUUAAGCUUUCAACUACAAUUUAGACAGGGUUAUUUUCAAAUUUUAAAUAAAAUAUUGGAAAAUAUGAGGCGAGAAAAGAAGAAAAUGCUAACUUUUAUAAUGUCACUUCUCAAUGCAGUUUUAUGACAUUAGACAUAAUGUUGCACAGGCACAAAGAACAAGUCACUUCAAUGCUACCGGGUUCCUGAAUUUGGCUUUUUUCCCUCUUAUUUUUUUCAAAACAGACAUUAUUAAUUAACAUGAAAAUAGUGAUUAAAGUUGGUGAAAUCAGCAUGUAUUGUUAGUUUUUCAAACCACUCUUUUUAUUUGGCUGUAAUUUAAAAUCUUUUCCAAUUGUUGGCUGAAUUAUUAUUUACUUAUUUUUAUGUAAAGAGCUAAAAAACAUUUAGACUGCAAAUUACUUGCCCACAUUUUGAGUCAAAGGAUCACUGUGACACUCUGAGCAAAGAGGAGAAAUUAUGCAAUCUGUUUUGUUCAAGAAAACUACCGUAAUGACCUGAAUAUAGGAAUACAAAUGUAGUACGUCCCCCACUUAUAAGGCUGAUUUUUAGAAAAAUCUGUUUUAUAUAUAGAACAAAAAUUGAUUAAAUAAAUUGAAUGUGUUGCAAAGUGUAAUCAUCACACUUAAAGAUAAUAAAAUGUAAUAAUCUCUCUAAAAGGAGCUCUUGUGGUAUCAGUAAUUUUUUACCACAAAUGAGCAUUUUAAGAAGAUCUUUUCAGAUUGCCGUUUUCAGACAUUACACUCUGACACCAUUUGCCUUGGCUCAUUACCUGUUCUAUAUUGAUAAUAACUCUGCCUCACUCGUUGGUGAACUUGUCCCUGUUAACUUUUGUACGACUUUGUUCACUGUGCGGCUCCACCUCUCAUACCCUUGGAUCUGUAGCAGAGUGGCUUCAUGCUUAAACUCGCUUUACAAACAAGUGGCACUGUCUGCUUGAACUAAUACCGACACUUAAAUACUAAAAACCAAAAACAAAGCAAUCACACCGGUUACUAUUUCUGAUACUAUUUUCUGACUGCUGUUUUUAUGUAAUCAGCUUGUAUUAUGUGUUUGUUUGAUGAAUUCCUGUCUUCUCCGAGCAUGUUUUGAAGAAAUGUAAAAGAGGAAGAAAGUGAGAAAGAGGAACUAUUUCUUACUCUGUCUUUUUCCCUUUUUUUUUGUCCCUCUCAACCUUGAAAACAAACAAAAAACACACAGCACUAUUGGCAACCGGGAAACACAAACUUUGGAUCGGACUUGUCCUGGACCCAGAACACGGCUGGCAGUGGUCUGAUGCCAAGCCCUUCCGUUACCUGAGAUGGAAUGCAGGUGAGACAUGCACCUUCCUCAUACAUAGACCUGACUCUACCUCUGAGUUCCCCUUGGCUCUUUGAGGAAUUUUACAACUGUUUUAAGUUCCUGUUGGGUUGAUAUAUUUUACUGUUUUAGCAUCUUAUCAAGUUAUCCAGUCAACGAAACUUUGCGAAAUGACUUCAUGGUUUUAAAUAACUGACACAUAGUGAGAGUAGCAAAGAUGUAAUCUGAUAUAAUCUCCUAUUUAUUAUUUUGUUUUCCAGGAAAUCCUCUCCCCAAUCCAGGACACAACUGUGCAAUUCUUGACUCUAGUGCACAGCACACUUGGCAAAGUUCAUCUUGUGUCAAGAAACUUGGUUACAUCUGCUACAAAGACGGGACAGCACCAAGUCCUCCACGAAGUACAGAAACCCCCCCCAGUCUAUCUUCCUCCAGCUGCUUGCCCAUAAAUGAGAGUUUAGUCUUUAAACCCUAAUGUUUUGUUCUUCUUCUCAUCAGUUGAGCAAGGGUUUUGUCCAAGCCCUUGGAUCCCCUACAACGGCCACUGCUUCCACCUUAACCGUCAGCCUCAAACGUGGUCUGGUGCUCAGAAGGAGUGCCGCAAAGAGGGAGGAGACCUCGCGACCAUCAAUAACGUGGAGGACCAAAGCUUUGUCAUCUCCCAACUUGGUUAUGGUGGGUGAGGACAGGAGACAAAAAAAACAGGGCAAACCUCCUACAGUAGUAAGACUGGGGACAUGCACGGGGAGGCUUCCUUUAUAAGUAGUAGUCAGAAUUUAUUAAGCUAGCUCUAAAAAAGCUGACUUUUUAAAACCAUGUUCACAAACUCUAAUAAUGAGCAUUAAAGGAAAUAUACACCGACCAGCCAUAACAUAAUGAGCAGUAAAAACUGGUCUAACAUUGUCAGCGUGGAGGGAGGUGAACACUUCUUUCACUGCAGUGUAAAGAGCAUGUUAGCAGCAUCUACUCUUUCCUGUCCAUGUCUACAGCGUCCACAGAUGAGCUCUGGAUUGGACUGAAUGACAUCAGGACAGAGGGGCUGUUUGACUGGAGUGAGUACUCAACAGUCACCUUCACCAGCUGGGAGUACGGAAAACCGACAGUCUCUGGUGAUUCAGAUGACUGUGUCCUCAUCAGAGGAGAGGUAUGCAGCAUUUUGUGGCUUUGAUGUUUGCACAGGUUUGGCCUUAACUUUAUUCACAGAUCUUCAUUUUGAGAUGGUUUGUUACUCGUUUGAGAAAAUUCAUAUUAAAGGGAUAUUCCGGCGUAAAAAUUAAGUUAGGGUCAAACACACCGUUAUGUCGAGUUCGACACCCCGUCGAGAGAUAAACGUUGCAGACUGCUUGCUUCUCUAGUUUUACCAACUUUCGUAACAACUGUGGAUAACAAUACAGAGAGCCACGCGCUCAACCAAAACGCCACUCUAUAGCCACAAAUAAUGUUCAGAACAGCACCUAACUUCAUCAACAGUACAUAUAGGGUACCAGUCAUAGCACUAGCCACCAAACAUCUUUUAACUUUGCCUAAUUUCUUUAGCAAAGAGACUAAACACGACUCACCCUCUCUCUUCCAGCAGCUGCUUGUUUGUACAGAGACCUUCCGGGCGAGUCCAAUGACUGCAGUGGGGUGACGCAGCUCAAGGAAGAACAUUUAUGAUCAUUUCUUCAUGGAAAUGCAAUCAGACCGAUAUGAUAAAGAAAUGAUCAUAAAUGUUUUUCCUUGAGCUGUGUCACCCCGCUGCAGUCGAUGGACUCGCUCAGAGGUCUGCUGGAAGAGAGUAGGUGAGUUGUGUUUAGUCUCUUUGCUAAAGAAAUUAGGCAAAGCUAAAAAGAUGUUUGGUGGCUAGUGCUGGCUGUGACCCUAUAUGUCCUGUUGAUGAAGUUAGCUGCUGUUCUGAGCAUUAUUUGUGGCUAUAGAGUGGCGUUUUGGUUGAGCGCGUGGCUUUUCUAUAUUGCGAUCUAUGGUCGUUACUAAAGUUGGUAUAACUAGAGAAGCAAGCGGUCUGCAACAUUCAUCUCUCGACGGGGUGUCCAACUCGAUGUAACGGUGUGUUUGACCCUAACUUAAUUUUACGCCGUAAUAUUCCUUUAAUUUAGGUGUUCAACCCAUCAUGUAAGCUUUUAUUCAAUGAUUCACUUAGCACUUCAUUAUGAGAUGGUUUGUGACUAUUUUGGGAAAAUUGAUAUCAAUUAAAAACAAGUAGACAGCAGGAAAUAGUAGGAAAGAUCUUUCUAUUGUCCUUCUGUUGUUUCAUCUCCUAAAAGAAAAUAGGUAUGUUGUAUGUUCAUGUAAAAGUAUUUUAGUGCCUUACAGUGGUUUUUUUUUGCAGAAUGGCAACUGGGCAGAUCGCUCAUGUGAUGAGAAACAUGGCUUUAUCUGUAUGAGGCAGAGCGAUGCUGAGCAAACUGGAGAGGAAGUAGAACUGGACAGAGGUUGUAGAGCUGUAAGUGGACUUACAUGUGGUGUAAGAAGCUAGAACCCUUCAGAGGCGUCUGGCUGAACAGAGUGCAAAUAACUGUACUAACAUAGCGUUCAGCUGGAGAUCAGCUAAGCGCCUGUAUCAUACUUCUACUCAAAGAUGUAUUUGGAUUUCCUCAGGGCUGGAAAAGACAUGGAUCCUACUGCUACUUUGUAGGGACAGAAACAAAGACCUUUGACGAUGCCAAAGAGCACUGCAAGAGCUCAGGCUCCUACUUAGCCGAUGUCGCCAAUGGGUGAGGACAUUUGAAGAUUUUAAAGCUUCAUUGUAUGACCUUGGUGUGAAUGUACUACACUACAUUUCUAACAAGAAUUUAUGGAGAGAGAAAAAAUAAAAAAACACUUGUGUGAACUUUUCCAGGGUAGACAAUGCAUUUCUCGUUAGCCUGGUGGGGCUGAGACCAGAGAGAAACUUCUGGCUUGGGCUUUCCAACAUGAAGAAUAUCGAUGAAUUUGUGUGGACCAGCGGUGCUCAAGUCACAUAUACACACUGGAAUGCUGAGAUGCCAGGUAUACAGAAAGUACAUACAUACAUCUUUAAACCAGAGGGAACAAACAGCUUGUUCAUAAUUUACAUUUGAUCUUUUUUUACUCCCUCAAAAACUCAAGGUUACCAACAGGGGUGUGUUGCUAUGACAACUGGGGUUUUAGCUGGCCUGUGGGAUCUGCUGCCUUGCACCAAUACUGCGAAAUACAUCUGCAAGCACCUGGCAGAGGGGGCAGUUUUGACCCCAAUGCCACCCACGCAGUCUCCUCCGAAGUGUGCUGAGGGCUGGAUUCGAGUGGGAACAAGAAGCGUCUGCGCUAAGGUACAACCAUAGGUCGACUUUAACUAAGAGUUUUUCAUAAAAUCAUCACAAAAUGGUCACCACAGUGCUGCAUGCCUGUAUGUACCUGAUCUCUCUUAAUUUAGACCACCACUUCUGUCAUGUGCUCAAGUUUUUCACAGGCCCUCGAUCGCACGAGAAGACCUGGUAUGAAGCCAGAGAUUAUUGUAGAGCCAUUGGAGGAGACCUGCUAAGCAUCCAUAGUGAAGCUGACCUACGAGUGGGAAGGUAAGAGUCAGAUACUGUAAAAAAAAAAAAGACCGCUCUUGCAGGUAAGAGUGUUAUAGAAUACAAAAUACAAAUACAAAGGGGGGAGGAGGUGUGGCUUCGAUGGAGUAGGACAUGAGUCUGGAAGUGCUUGACGAUUUUGAUGAAAAAAAAAUUGUUAUCCGCGCUUUUUGGCAUAUAUUCGGCCUCAAGUAUUUUUUGUUGAAGAGGUGAAUACUUGUUUGUGAAAAAUGGCUGGAAAGGAUCUAAAACCCGACACACGAUUCAGACUCAGCUGCGGCCCAGCCUGCAUGCCGUGACCACGGCCUCGAGUGAGCCGGCGACUCCAGCCGAUGUUGCUUCGGAGCAAGCUAACCCUGAUAUCACUGCCCUUAAACUUGAGUUGCUGGCUUCGCUGAGAAAAGACAUUGCCGACAUCUUUAAGAGGGAACUUCAGGAAAGUCAAGCAGGAUUUGAUAUCACCGAGAUGAAAAGCACAAUCAACUCCCUCACCGUUACCGUGGCCAAGCUGGAAAAUAAAUCUGGAGUCCCAAUCACGCGAAACAACUUUAGGAUCAUGGGAGAACCGGAGGGUCCCGAUUCCUGCUCCACUGCGGCUGUGGCUUUCUUGCUGAAGGAGGCGUUUGGUCUGGAAGAGAAGCCACUGUUGGACCAGUGCCACCGGACCCUGCAGCCCAAACCCAAACCCGGUGAUCGUCCACGCGUCAUUGUUUGCAGGUUUCAUUAUCAGAGUGACUGUGUUGAUGUGCUGCGCCGCGCAAGAGAGCUCCGACAGACCAAAGUGAGAGAUUUGUCCAUCUCAGUCUUCCCCGACUUCACUGUUAAGGUAGCUCGAGCCCGGGCUGCGUUCAACGAGGUCAGGCGCCAGCUUCGUGACAUUGAGGGUGCUUGGUAUCGUCUGACUUAACUUUCUAUCUUAUUAUUGGGCUUCUCACAUCCAUAAAGUUUCCUAUUGGUUGAAAUCUUCUGGAGUUUCUUGGUGUAGAUUGGAACUUUCAUCCUGUAGGGGAUCUUCUACUCUUCUACUCUCUCUAUCUACCGAUAGUCGAGUGGUUCUUAAGACUCUCAAGAUCUGGUAUCAGUUCAGACGGCACUUCAAAUUUGUGGCUGCGUCUUCCUUGGCCCCCCUUAAAGGCAACCGUUUAUUUCUUCCAUCACUUUCAGACUCUGUAUUUUCAAUGUGACAUGACAAAGGCAUUACACAAUUCAGACAUCUGAAUGUAGAUGGCAUCUUUGAUUGCUUUGCUAAUUUGUCCUCUCGCCACUGUCUCCCAGCUACUUAUCUGUUUCGCUAUUUCCAAAUUUGUACAUUAGUGGCUAAGUGUUUCCCUGAUUUUCCCUCUUUACCUCCAGAACAACAGUGGGAAACCAUGCUUUCAUUUACUCCUCAUCACAGAGGGAUCAUGGUAUGGUAAUAUCUUGGCUUUUGACAAUCAUUCUGAUACUAAAUUUGAGUGAACUAGGUACGCAAAUCCAUGAUGAGUCCUGGGAGCAGGCCAUAAACAGGAUACAUUCUUCCUCCUCAUGUGCUCGUCUUGCACUUAUUUAAUUUAAGGUCAUUUACAGGGCACAUUUCUCUACAUCAAGACUGUCUGAACUUUAUCCAGAAGUGGAGGACAGAUGUGAUAAAUGUCAUGGUUCACCUCGCCACCUUAGCCACAUGUUUUUUCUCUGUCCUGAUCUAGAAUGUUUCUGGACUGGUUAUUUUGCUAUUAUGUCCACUGUUCUCGGGGUAAAUCUUCGACCUUGUCCUCUGAUUGCUAUAUUUGGGAUUCCUAACCCCUCACUCGUGUUGGACUCCGUGCAAAAGGACAUUAUAGCUUCCACUUCUUUAUUAGCAAGACGUUCCUUAUUGCUGCAUUGGAAGUCUGCUAAAUAUCCUUCUAAUAUCCUUCGAAGGUAAUGAGCCGAUGGGAUGCAUCGUGGACAUGCUCCAACAGUGCUUUGGGUGGCAGCAAUGCAUUGUGGGUGGCCACGCAUUUUGUUGUAAAAUUUCUUCAUUUUCUCUUUCAAUGUUCCUGUUUUUGUUAGGCUGGCAUUAAUGUACUUGAUUCGAGAGUUUUUUGGGACUACUUUUGUGGUGGUUUGUUUGUACAUUUUGCUACCGAGGCUUUGACACCGUGGGUAAGACUGCUGUCUUUUGUAUUGUGUGAACAAUAGUUGUUUAAUGUUUGGUUUCCAUGUUUAUUUGUGAUUGUAUACAUGAGUGUAUAUGUUUGUUUAUUUUAAAAAAGAAAAAGUUCAGGUGAAUUGUAUCGAUGAAUGGACAUAUUGUUCAAUAUUGUUACUCUGUUCAAUAAAAGUAUUUGGAAAAAAAAUACUAAUACAAAACUGGUUUAACUAACUAGUAGUUUUGGUGUGGGAAAGCAAAGGCAACAACAUGUAAUCAAAUAGGAUCAUGAGGAUGAAUAGCGUUUGUGAUUUGUGUCAACAGCCAUGGAAAAGCCUGGAUUGGACUUCACAUUCCUGAGUCGAGCACCGGUUUCGCGUGGAGUGAUGGAUCGGCGGUCAGUCAACUUUGAUCUGAUUUAAUGCGAGUUUAAUACACCAAAUAUUUUCAAACCUUAUUUUGUGACGUAAACGUGUUUUUCUUCGUGCUUACAGGUAAACUUCCAGCACUGGCAGGAAGGAGAGCCAAACAACCAUAAUAACGAUGAGUCUUGUGCUGAAUUCAAAUUGUAUCACUGGGAUGAACCCGGCGCUUGGAACGACAUGAACUGUGACAGUUACAACGACUGGCUGUGUCAGAUCCGAGCAGGUAAAGCUGGGAAAUUGGCUGUCACGAGUUUCAUAAGGAGUUCAGAGGAAAUCAGAAGAUUUAAGGAGCCUUUUAUAAUGAAACAGUAAACAGAUAACUUUGGACAUGCCGGUUUAAGGACAUUAAAUGAUUGGAUAAGAUUUUUAACUGCUGACUUAUUUUCACAGACAUAUUCUUACUAAUCUAUACCUCCAUUUUUUAUUUGUUCACUGCUUUGUAGCAUUUAAACAGAUCUAGAGCUUAAAGCUGCCCAUGUUUCUAGGAUCUGAUAUCCACAUUGUAGAAAGACUGUGUAGAUGUAUGUGCUGUCUCUUUUUUCAUGUAAUAAUAAAAGUUUAUGGGUUUACAGGCGUGACUCCAAAACCACCUCCAAAUAACACUGCAGUGGGUAAGUUAGCAUCUUCUAAUUUUUUUAAUUACACUCAACCAAAAAGUUAGUGAUAACAUACAGAAAAAGGAGAUACUGACCACAUGAUUAGGCACGUGUAACUUUAGUAUCAGUAUCAAAUAUUUAUAAUUUACCAUACUCAAAAAUUGAAAAGCAACAUUAAAAACUGGCUUUGAUUUGAUAUGUUGUUAAUAGGUGUUGAGAAAACAGCUUUUUCAAUUUGAGAAGACCGUGGUGAUAGUGGUCUUGUGAAAGCUGAUGCUGAUUUCAUUAAAAGGCCAUUUAUUUGCCCAAAUAAUCAGCCAACCCAUCCAUCGAUCUAUCCCGAAACGUAGAUAAACCAAAUGUGAUAAAUGGUCGAAUAACCAUAAUUUAUAAAUGGUAAAAUUUACAAUUUAUUUAUGGUCUAUAUGCUAUUUAUAAAUGAUGAUUAAACAUUAAUAAACUAUCUGCUUACCAUUUAUAAAUCGUCUAUUUACCAUUUAUAAGUUAAGAUUAUUGUAAAGCGUUACCCCGAACGUUUCCUGCAUAAUCAUUCAGAGUGUUGGUAUUUAAUGUUCUGCUAUGAGGGACAACGUGAAAAGAUUUCAAAACAAUGACACUGCUCCUUUCUUCAGAGUUCAACACCACAACAGAUGGUUGGCUCGUCUGGAGGGGAAGUCAGUAUUAUAUUAACAGAAUAGUGAUGUCUGCGGAGGAUGCUCGACACUACUGUCAGCAGAGACAUGGCGACCUGGUAUCUAUCUCCAGCAAGGAUGAAAACGUCUUUAUAUGGAAGCAGGUGGGCUGUUAUGUUGGUUUUCACAUUCAGAUGCCACUAACUGGCAGGAAAGUAGGUUUUCAAAGCCUGUGUAUGUUUGUGUGCAUGUUCACAGAUUUCCAGAAGCUAUGGGCACUAUUACAUCGGCUUGUCAGUGGAUCUCGAUGGGUCAUUCUGGUGAGUAUUAAUAAAUACUGUGCAAUUUAAUACAAAGUUUAUCUGAUGAAUUAUCUCCUGUAAGUGUACUGACCCUAUCGUUGCUAUCAAGCAUGACAUCUGUGUUUAGUAGGUUGACUUCUCAUCCAUCUUAGAAAAGCAAAUAACAAGGAUAGAAGAUUAUAUUACAUUAAAGCCAAACUUUGUGUGCCUUCAGGUGGUUGGAUGGCACUUCGGUGGGGUUACAAAGAUGGGAUGAAAAUCAGCCAAAUCCUAACGCCUUCGAUGAGAACUGUGUUGCUAUGACCUAUUAUAUGGGUGAGUAAUACUGAGAUAAAAAGUUCAAGCAAAUUAAAGAUAUUUAACUUUAAUCACAGAGUCAAUUACAUAUUUAAUGUUCUGGAUGAAGUCAAAUUGCUGCUGUAAAUAAAACGCUCUGCUGCUCCUGUAGGCUUCUGGAGAACUUCUAAUUGCGGCCAGGAGCACUACUCUAUUUGCAAAAGACGCGGCACACCUCCUGUCAACACUACCGCUGCUCCCACUGCUGCCCCGACAGGUGGCUGCCCCAUUAAGUGGACCAAGUUUGAUUCAAGGGUCAGUAAUCACCCCAGACCUAAAGCAGCUUUCAUUCAACUCUAAAGUGCAAAAAUGCAUAUACAUUAUAAAUAGAGGAGUUAUUGGAUGGAAAAAUCAAACCCACAAAUAGCAUACUCAUACGAAGACGUAGUUCUCCUUCAAAUAUGGGUCAAUGACCUUUGGCAUCAAGACAAAAAGCUUUUGUUGAGAGUGUCAAACAAAGGGGGGAACACAUCCAAGCUAAUAUUUUGUCUGCAUGAUUAAAUUUUUUGCCAUUUCUUUAAUUAAAUUUUCAUUUCUCACAUGUAGUGUUACAGCAUCAUCAGUAACCGGCAGAUGACCUGGGAAGACUCAAGGAGACAAUGCAUCACCAUGGGAGGCAAUUUAGUCUCGAUUCCCACGCGUCGAGAACAAGGUUUGUUCAACUGUUCUCCACCUUUUUGCUCUGUGAUCCUCAUGAACAGAUUUGACUGUUUGUGUAAUAGAGUAUGAAAUCUGAAUCCUGAUUUUAGGCAGUAAAACAUUUUGUAAAGUACUUAUUGUUUCCAAGAACUGUGUUUGAAUUUGAGGCAAAAUAUCAGGAAAAAAAUAUUUUCUUUCUGUAAUUACAGCUUUUUUAACCACAAAAUUGGCUGAGGGAACAACUACGGACCUUUGGAUUGGUUUGAAUAGUUUAAGCCAGGACGGCUUUUUCUGGACUGAUGGGAAAAAGAGGAAAUACACCAACUGGGGCAAUGCUGUAAGUACACACCAUGUGUAAACAACGUACAGUUAUAGUGAAAGACAAACAUUAAAUAAUGAAAGAGCAGCCUCAAACCAAUUCCUGAUUUUUGAGAGGCUAUCUGUGUAGCUGCUCGUCUCACUAAGUGACGACACAGAGUCUUUCAAACAGUGUGAUAUUACUGCAGGGUGAGGUCACGAGUGGGAACAGGCAUUUGUGAACGACAGAGAAACCUGCUUGGUAUUAAGUGAAAUAUGUGUGAUCUUAAUGUGUAUGACAAAAAAAACCUUGUUCUGCUCUUUAGGGAAGCAUGCGUCGCCAAGGGAGCUUUUAUCAGCGAUGGAAUGAGGUAAAAACUUCAAUAUUCAUUUAAGAGGAAAAAUAUCUAUACUGUAAAGUUUUUGCCAUGAAAAAAGUUAAAUUUGUACUUUGCAAAUGAAUUUCCAAAACUAAGUCAUCAAGCCGGUAAAUAAUAAAAAAAAAACAGGGGUUCCAAUAAGAUGUGCAGAGUAUGGCCAUGACCCUGAACUCUUCCACGCUUUGUGAAUAAAUGAUGGUAAAUUACACAGUGUCUGACGUGCUGAUGGUUUGGCUUAAACCUUCACUUGCAAAUCCAACUAGCCAGCAAGUCAACUUUAGUCAUGGAACCAACGUGCAAACUGGUGUUACAUUACAAUUUAACAAAAAAAGAUGGGCAGUGCGACAUGAAUUUAUACAUCUAAUAAAACAACAGUAGGCAGCAGAUGAUGACUCAUAUUUCUACAUUUGAUUCAUGUAACUUCACCUGAAUGUCAAACAACCUGCAGGUGCUGCCUGUGUGAUGUGACCUGGUGUGCCUUAAAACUGCUGUCCCAAGCUACCAUCACUCUUUGUAAUGAUACUAAACACAAUUCAGUCCUUCCAGAUGAUACUGUCUUCAGCUUUGAGAAACUAUGUAAUUUGGAAUAUGUUCUCUCAUUUUCAAAUAUGGGAAAAAUUGACCUUUUCCCCAUUUUCAGUGAGGUUAGCAUUUAACAACAACCAUGUACUCAAAGAAAAUCUGACAUACUUUCAACUUAGAAUCUUCUCUCUCAGGAAGACUGUGUUGUGAUGAACAGAAAUCCCAGUCUUGGCAUUGGGAAAUGGUUCAUCAAGUCCUGCAACGACACAAACGGAUUUAUCUGUAAUCGCAAUCUUGGUGAGUUACAUUUUUUACCUCUUGGAAAAUCUGAAGCUCAAAAAAAUAUAUAUGUCAUACCUCCUUUAAGUACAAUACAAGUGUCUUACAACAAAGCCCCCAAAUUGCACUUUGUAUACAGCUCCAAGGCCUGAAAUGUGUUUCAAUACAGCUGAUUCCCAUGUCUCUUCAGAUUCAGAGUGGAUUUAUUUGUCAUUGCACAUGCCACAAGUACAGGGCAACAAAAUGUGCAUAUCAGUCCGACCCUUCCAAGAAAACAUAAAAAGAUAGACACAUACAGGGGGGACAGAAGUGGGAAGAAGUGACGAAUCACCACAAGGGAGGCGCUCCGUUUUCUAAGAUGGGAAAAAAAGGAGGAGAGGAGGGAGCAACAUAAGACUGGAUGAGAGCUUGCACACGUGGGAGAGGGGUGUCGGGGAGGGAGGAUGUCGUGGCUUUAACCCUGGGGUGAGCGCAGCCAUUGGCGCACACUGACCCACAGUACAUGCACCACAACAGAGAGGGAGGGGGGAUGGGGGCCAAGAAGGCGUUGAGUUGGAGGGGGUGUAUGUCAUUAUUCUUCAUCUAUGUGUAUGUGUGAACCCGUGGCAUUGUCUCUCUCUCAGUCCCUCACAAAUGUCCCAGCCGUCUGAUAACAGGAGACGGCCUUGGAGGGUUCUGAUCCAGAAACAAAGUUCACCAGGAGAGGAGGGAGGGGGAGGAUAGGGCUAAGCAUCAGUCUGCAUAACAUCCAGGAGGGAAGACAUUACAGCCUUCCAAGGCCGCUGUGGGGGAGCCAAUGAAGAUAACGAUUGAUUUGGGACAGGCAGGCUUGUAAUUUUCCAUCUACCUUAAGUCUCUCUGGUCUCUGAUGGCGUUGACCCAAACAUCCGACUUUGGUGGCCACUUCAGCCGAGCCAGGCUGUCAGCUUCUCCAGGGUGGUAUCCAACUUGCCAAGGCAUUCCUCAAUCACAACCUGCUUGCGUUUGAGUUUGCACAUCGCUUGAGUUUGAGUGUUGACAGCCCUGCACAUUCCCUCAGUCAUGAUGGACUCCUUCCCAAUUGCCAAAAGUGCUGCCAAUGUCUUCUGAACCUUGCGAUAGAUCAGGAAACUGCCAACUCCAAAGAGCAGAAAGUCUGAUAUCAUGAUAUUUGAUAUCUGCUUUAGUUGAUAUUCACACUGAUUUGUUAACCUUUGGGUGGAGUGUGUUUGUGGCUCAUUACAGUGUGGGCCUGAGGAGUUUUGAGAUGGGAUGUCUCAAGUUAAAUACAGAUCUGCUUCUCAUGUUUUUCUUUUUGACGAAGAGGGUUUUCAUCCUCCUGGCUGCUGUCCAUGUUAUUCUGCUCUGUCGAUAGUUUUUGAUGGUAUCAGUAUGCUGUGUCAUUGUCAACAAGCCUCUCCACAGCUCACCUGCUGUGACGAGUGAAAUAUUUUCAGAGCUAUUCCUGUGACAACAAACUUGCCCAUAGUAAUAGAAAAUAAACAGAGUUCAUCUCUAACCUAAAUCACCUCUCCUCUCAAACAGAUCCAGGCAUCCGGCCUGGACCAGAGCCAUCAAUUCCAGCCACUUAUGUGCCCCUAGGGAAUGACAGCAUUAAGGUUGUGACAAAAAAUCUAACCUGGGAAGACGCAAAGAAACAAUGUGAGAGUGAAAAAGCCAACCUGGCUAGCCUGCGAAAAGAGUGGACCGUUGCAUACGUCCAGCUGCUGUCGAUGAAUCUUAAAGCUCCACUUUGGAUCGGACUAAAUAAACAGCAGGUAAAAGCCUAUACACAUAUUCAAUCACAGUAAUGAUUAAGUUCAGAGGAAGUUUAAUUUUGAGGACAUAAGUAAUGUUUUGAAAUUUCAAUAAGGUGACCGCGACAGUGUUUGAAGCUUUAAGGGACUUGGCUCAGAAACGAAGGUGUUGUGUAGUUGCUGAAAUAAUUACGCCAGGUCCUCGGAAUCUAACCUGCAGUCAGUUUCCAUAACGACCAGUCGUCGUUUUAUUUCACUUCAAGGAGUGAAUUCUUGGUAGAUGAAUGUCAUGGAUAACAAUAUGGCUAAAACGAUUCCUCGAUAAUAUAAUAAUAAUAAAAAUAAUGAUCAGGUAAUUUUCUCUGCCUCGAGUUCUCGUUCAUAAGCUCAAAUCGUCACUGUUUCGCAUGGAUUCUUUUGAAGGUGACCGAAUGCACUUACGUCACCACGGUAGAAGGAGGAGUAAGUGCUAUUUAGGUUUUGCGGAGCAGAAAAAUAAAUGAUGAGAUAGGCUUUUCUUGCAGUGUUGCUAACCUAGCGACUUUCCUUACAGAGGAGUUGGUGACACUGUUUUCUUGCGCAGCGCUCCAGUAGCUCAUUAGCACUUAGCCUCUGAGUCGUGGGCGGAGACAGCGCUGCUCUGCUCACUUCUCUUCACGCUAGCUUGUAGCCUAACAUUUCUGGUGUCGUCGCAGAAGCAGGUCACAUCAGAGCUAUUCACCUCUCGGACACUAAUGUCUUUAGGGGCAUGAUGACAGUUUGUAUCAUAAUUAGCUUUCUUAUGAGCAUUGCAAUCUGCUAACGCACACGCUUGUUCCGCGAUUGUCCUCUAUUUCUCUGAGUCUGGCCUUCAUUGCGGGGCUAUAGGAAAUCGAACUUUAUGUGAGUCCGCCGUUUGGGUCCAAUUACUCGAGUAAUCGAUAGAAUAUUCGGUAGAAUACUCGAUUACUAAAAUAUUCGAUAGCUGCUGCUCUAGAAAACAUACAGAUUUUUCCUCAUCAGAUACUACAUAAGUAUGUAGGGUACAUGAUUGAGCAAAGACUACACAGUGCACAGGGCACCAAUGUUACCUCACACCCAAAGUUCCUCACUGGAGCUUCAAAUGUAUAUCUGCAACACAAAUACAUCUGAUCUAUUCUUGCUUCCAGACUGGUGGUUACUAUAGAUAUAUCGACGGCUGGCACCUGGGUUCAGCUAGUUGGGCUGAAGGUGAACCCAAGACGGACCUUCCAUGUGUUUACCUGGACGUGGAUGGAAAGUGGAGGACCUCCUUCUGCAAUCGCACCAUGUACAGUGUUUGUAUGCAGACUUCAGGUAUGUUAGUACGUUCCGUCAAUGAAAACAGUCAUCUAUAUCAGUGUUAUUUAACUUUAUACUGCUUUAAUCUUAAAUUUUUGUUACUAAAUCAAAUUUUGUAACCUGUAUCAUGCUUGUGAUGUUGUAAGAUGAUUGGAGCAAAGCACAAGGGUUUACUCUCUACAGUCCUGUAAAACACACACAUUUGCAAACCUCACGUGUGUCAUGACCAAGUCCACUCUGACACAUUACAAAAGUCUUGACCCCACAUUUAAAUCAAGGUUCAGUUUUUUUAUAAUCAUUAAGAGCACAGCUUUAAAUUACUGGUAUCAAAUACGCUCCUGUCUCUAUCAUUCACAGAGGUGGCACCAACAGAGUCCACCAUCUACCCAGGAGUUUGCCCUGAAGACAUGACAGUGGAGUACCAGCAGACUGCUUCCUGGCUGCCAUUCAAGGGUCACUGUUAUUUGUUCAUGACAGAUGAAAUAGAGUGGGCAGAUGCAGCCAGCAGCUGUGUGAGGCACGGUAAGAAAAAAUAAAACUACAAGUGUGGUGGGUAGACUGCUGAACAGUAUACAAGUGAAAAUAUGAGUAGUUUUAACCAAAUGUCCCAACCAGACUGUAAUUGUUUGUCUGUUUCUUUGUUUGGUGAAGGUGGAGUCCUGGCCAGCAUUGAAGAUCCUGAUGAGCAACAGUUCAUCAAAAACCAUGUGGAAAUAUUUCAAGAUGGCCACAGCUCUUUCUGGAUUGGCCUUUUUAAGACCCAUCAAGGUAAAAUACUUCAGGUUAAGACAAACUAACCCUGAAAACGUCUUAUAUUUAUUUUGUAAACAAAAACAACUCUGUUACCUUUCAUUUGUUUCCUAAAAAUCUCACUAAUCUGUUGUCCUGCUGAAAUGGGUCAGUCUAACCUGCAUCAAAAAAUUGAUUCAAAGAGUACUUGACCAUAUUGAAAUAGUUAUUAUCAGAGAGCAGUAACUUUAGGAGUAAAAACAGUAAUUAUCUGUUUUACUGUGUGGCACUAGGAACAUGGCUGUGGUUGGAUAAAAAAGUCAUCGAUUUCACCAACUGGGCACCAGAUGAGCCUGAAAAUGACUAUGGGGAAAUUGGAACAUCAGACGGAGCUUGGAGGACGGGUCGUAGGUGGCACGAUAGAGGAUACAUAUGCAAAACACCCAAAGGUAACAAUGUCACCCAUGUGGGUCAGGUAAACACCUUUUCAUAGAUGCUGCAUGAUCUAACAGCUUUUAUGUACCAGGGAUGCGAAUCUCUACCUUAGUGGGCGAGUCGAUUUAAUUUGAUCGCUGACAGCUGAUAUGAUUCAUCACAAUAAAACAUAUUAGGUUUGAUUUGACUGGAUACAGUUUGGUUUGGUACAAUUCAACAAGGUUAAGUUCAGUCUGUUUGUCGAAUUUUUUACUGAAUUCCAAGUGAAUUUUUAUCAAAUAUAACCAAGUUAAAAAUUAACAGAUAAAUUUGUUCAAAACCCUCUGAACUAACUUCUCAGCAAAAUGUGGUUUUAAGGUUUGGCACUGCAAAAUUAAACCGGUACCAAAUGAGUGAUGGGUCCGCGGCACUGGACUUUUUUGGGGGGAGUAAACUGUUCAUUAAUGUCGGCAGCAGAGAGGAAGUGAAGAGCAAUUCUCGAUUUUUAUUUUUAAAAGGAAUUUAUAUACUAUGGUACAUAUUAAAAUCUGUAUACAGCACAGCCUUGUGGCAACACAACAAAUCAAGAUUAAGCAGCUGCUCUGCAAGAAAGGCUAGAUCACCAGAGAGACUUAAUCACUUAAGCAUCUCUCUUUUUUUUCUCCCCAACAGUGGCAGCUUUGGAUGCAGGGUCCAAACAAGGUAAGCUGCACUUCUUUGUCUCCUAAACUAACCCGUGAACAUAAUACUAUGUAUUAUGAAACAUUUAAGAAGUUACAUGAAAAAGAAUUAAAACGCGCCUUUUCUGGUUGUUCAUGCAGAGACUAAUGGGAAAGAGGAUCCCCGCAGCCGUGUCCACACAACUUUGGUGGUUGUGUUAGUCAUAACCAUCGUUUCAACAUUGAUGGCGUUUGGGUUCUUCCUUUAUAAGAAGUCUCCUACUCGCCUACCCACGUUCGACAACCCUCUCUACUUUGGCACUGAACGAUCGCAGCCCGACGUUGUUGAUACCAACAAACUGAUAGAAAAUGCAGAGGUGGAAAAUCCCGAGCCUAUUAUAGCUCUGUGAUUUAAAAGAAAGAUCGUCUCAAAGGACAUGCACCCUACCGUACUGUAUCCAUGAUGUUUUUAGCUUUGAUGCUUCAUUACUGUUUUCUUUUGUUUGUUUGGUUUGUCAUUUCGGGGAUAUGUUCAGUUAUUAAAUGUCAUAUGUGAGUUUCACUGGAGUUGGAAAUGCCUGACCUCAUGGAACAGAACAGUAUAGGCUCUAGGAUGUCUCAAUGGGAAUGACUGGUAUUUGAUUUUUUUUUCUUUUUAUAUAUGAUUGAAUGUAAAUAUUUGUUGCAAGUUUUGCUUUUGCAAUCUAGACGCUGUUUAUUGCUUUCACUCUUGAAUUGUGUACAAAAAUCACUGCCUGUCACAGUUAUAUGAAUGUCACUGUUGAAUGAAUAUGAACAUUAAACAAGAACUAUGAUGAAAUAACUGAGAACAAGGAACCAAAUCCUCUGCUAUCAGCAUUUUGACAGCUCUCCAGAAAUUACCCGCCAGACCUUGUAAAGUCCUUGAACAGCGAUUUUUAAAAAUAGGUGAAAAAUAUAUCUGUAUAUUUCUAAGACCAAGAAGUAAACAUCUAAGUAUUUUAAAUGUAAAAUGUUCAAGGAAUAUGUGGGUUUAUUAGAUCUAUUAGGCCGCAGGGCCCAAUACGAUCACAGUUUGACUUCACAGCAUUAAAUAAACAUGAUCGGCUGUAUUAACAUUUAAAUGAGUGCUCCCGUUACGUGAUAUUCUGCUCCAUAUCAAAUCAAGCACCUCCUGAACCCACAGCCAUUUCUCCAGGAGGUGAACUUGAAGUGUUUUGCUUUUCGCCUAUUAUGAAGCAAUUCUGUGCUUUAUGGGUGUUUUAAAUACAUUUCAAGUGUAGAUCUAAAUAACAGCUUUACAUGAUAAAAAAUCGAUCUACCUCUGGUAUCUUGUAAUUCUAUUUUUUUCCUUAACUCAUGCAUAAACAUAUUAAUAAAGUGUAUACCUGCACUCCCCACCUUUCCCAUAAUCUGCUGCUCUACUCCUAUUUUUAACACAUGCUGUUGAAGUUCUUACAUAUCCAGAGCAUAUACAUAUACUAUAAAGUUGAGCAGUUACAGCUUGAUUGGGAAAUUACACCUGACAACUGUCCUCGUCACGCUUUACAAGCACUCCUGGAAACUUGCCUUUGCAACACUAGAUGGCAAUGUGUCCUCUUUCGGCUGGUUACUCUUGGAUCUACUCCCAGACUGACUCUUUUGUGCUUUUCAAAACUGUUCAACAUAAAAAUAAUGGAAUAUGUAUGUAACAACUGAGAAAGCGAGUGAUAGAUCUGAUUGAAGCAGAGAGGGGUGAGCAUUCAUGUUCAGGGCUACAACUGAAACACUGCAGUGUCCCCAGAAUAUUCAAGGCCAGGGAAGGGCCAGGUUGAGAUGUCAAUAGUGUGAUUCUUAUAGGCCAAGGCAGCUAAGGCUCUGCUGGUUUGUAAGACAACACGGCAAAUUUACUUUCCAAUCCAAACUGACAAAAUCAAAAAAUGUCCAACUUAAGGGUAAAAACAACCAAUAGUAGUGUUUGCAUUUGAAUAAAAUUGCUAAUGCUAAAUUGUCUUUAUGUUUGAAAAUAAAUAACACUGUGUCAAAUAAAAUAUAAAAAAACUUGUCCUUGAGCUGGCCCUGUAAACACAAACUCUUUGUCUAAAACCAGAAUACUGACUGCAGUGUAUGUUCUUUAAAAGCCUGAUUACUAAGUGAACUGUGACAAUUCAUAUUUUAAUGAGUGCAUUUCAUUUCUACAGCACAGUUUUCAACACUGCAACACCUUACAGAAGAAUAAGAGACCAGUCUCCCACACAACACCUUUUUUCUAUAUCACUGGUUCAAGGCACAAUAUCUACAUGCCUGAAAUGUCUCACCUCCAGUCUAAAUAUCACAGAGAAGUGACGGUGAAACAAAGUUAUCCAUGUCUAAUUAAUUUCCACACCAUUAUAAGGCAAUGUAAAACCACACACAUCCAUAUUUUAUGGUUGUGAGAUUAAUCUGAAAGCACACAAAGGUGAACACGAAAGAGCUAUUGUCAAAUUACAAUAUGAAAAGGUCAACGGUCAGCUCUGACUUUUUCCCAUCUGAGGCCAGACGAAAACCUCAGGGGGGUAACGGCUUAGAAUCAGUGUAUCUCAAAAGCAGGCUGCUAUCAGAAGUAUCAAUACAAUAACUCUAGGAAUGCAUUUUGGCUUCAGGUCCUGUUUCUUAAAUGUGUAAGGGAAACGUGUUUUCUUUCAAACACGACCCAAAUGGACCACAUCAAACAGUAAACCCAGUUAACACUCGAUAAGCUCUUUUAAACUGGGAUGCAAAAAGCAGUGUGCUUUGAAUGUGUGCAUGUGGGUGUGUCUGUGUGUGUGUUGAGUUCCUUCAAGUAAAACCAGUAUUUGUCAAUGUCCGUAGAGCACACAGUCAUAUUUUACAUAACGGUGGGCUUUUGGCUAUGUUGCAACAGUUCAGAGAAAGCUGUUACUGGUUUCAACAUGGUUUUAGGCCUGAACAGACAGUGAGGUCAACCCAGGUUUUUUUUAAUGUUGGUGUAGAAAAACUUAAGUAGUCUGCAAAAAGUUCUGACCUCAGCCUCAGUAACAAAGCUGAGAGGAAGUCAAACCCCACUUCAAUUAAUCGAGAGGGGCUGCAACCAGCGAGCUGCAUCUCUUUUCCCUUUCUGCAUGGGAUAUGGAUAAGAGAUGCUUCACUAUUAUGAAAGUUGCUAUAAAGUUGUAUCACUAUUUCAAAAAAAGAAGUGCCUUCCCUUCCACUAUUUCAAUUUUUACUGUCAGUCUCUGUCUUUUUGCUUCAAAGCCCUUUUUUUUCUCUGCUCAUACACAACCUUACACCUGCACAGAUUAAGGUUGGAGCUAGGGUUAGGGUUAGGUGUGGGGUUGGA